AUGAUACCUGUCCACCUACUGCUGCUGGUGGUGUCUGCAGGUCUGAAGACAGGUAAAAAGGAAAAAUGAAAUCCAGUACUUUACUAAAGACCAAGUUUUUAGUUAUCUGUACUCCAGCCACAAAUCCAAUUCUCGAUAUUUCAUCAGUUAAACAUUAUUUUCAGUUUUCUCCUUGUACAAUGCAAUUACUCUUUCAGGGCCCUGUUUUCCUCUUUAAUGUCUACAAAUUCAUCUUCAUUAAUCUUUUGUAACAAAAAUGUUGGAAAUACUUUCCUGCAGGUUUGAGUUUUUGUGUAUCUUCUAAUAACUUUUGGUUUUCUCAGAAUCUACGUCUGUUUCAUCUGAGGACAGCACUGGUCAGAUGUAUAUCACAGUUUUUGUGGAAAACAUUGCCUCCUUUCACCCAAUUUCCUCCAAGAACAAGCUCUACGUCAUCUGCCUGUUUGAUAACACCACUGUGGAAAUCACAUCACCAGUGAAACAAAUCUCAGAAACACUGAGCGCAGGGGAGGUUAAAAUGAUUGAGUAUGAUGCCAGCCUGGAGCUGAAGAGGUCUGAAAUCUCAAACAUUGCUCUGAUGGUUAAGAGCACCCAAAGAAUCGCUGUCCACAUGGUCAGCGCCAAAAACACCAGUGUGCAAUCAGCCCUGGUCCGACCAAAUGACAAGCUGGGAACAAAGUACUACGUUCCACCAGUACCACCAAUCAAAAGAACCACCAACUCAGUCAGCGCCAACGUAACUGAACGCCAACCUUUCAGGCUCAUCAUUCUCAACACAGACCAAAAGAACGAAGUCACUGUUGAAGCACAAACUGCCCAAACUGUUUUCCUGAACCCUCACGAAGUCGCUCAGAUCUUUAUAACAGACAAUACAUACAGAACUGUGACGGCCAACCAUCCAAUCACAGUCAUCUUUGGUCACACCUGCGCCAUCCGCCACAACUGCACCUGCGGUCUGCUGUACACAAUGGUGCCACCCGCCAAUGAUGACAUGCUCAAGUUUUACAUCCCAACUGUCUUUGCUGAGGGCGCUGAAACAGAGACGUCUGUCCUUCUGUCGAGCAGAGGAUCUUCCAAAAUCCAGACAUUUAACCCAAACUCCCUGCUGGUGGAGAUAGCUGGGACUGCCAUCCUCUUUCGUCCAGGGUUACUCCUCAGUCUGAUUCCUGAGACAGAUUUCGCUGCUUGUUAUGUCAUCAACACCCUCACUGAUGUGAACAACUUGGCAGUGAUCCUGGUCCACAAGGAUCACACUGGAGGAGUUCACAUUGGAAACUCUCCUUUAGUAAAUCCAGAGUGGAAGUCGCUUCCAGGGACAGAUUAUGUCUCUUCCAAAGUUAAACUGAGUUCAAACAAAUACGUAAUCUGGCAUUCCUUCGCCAAAAUGGCGGUCUACUUUCAAGGAGGAAAGGAAGAUUACCUGAUUGGGAAUCCAGCACCUGUUCUUGGUACAUCCCCAGGUAUGUACCAUCAACUACAGCGCCAUGGAGACUGUUCUAGUUUUAAUUGUUGCUGUUUUAGUUUUCAUUGUUGUUUUGAUGUUCAUUGAUACAACUGCAGGGGCAGCUGAAUAUGUUCAAGUCCAUGUAUCGACAGACAAAUGUCUCUUAGGGAAAUAAUAAAUCCAUUAAAUAACAUGUAAAAAAAAAAAAAUCAUCAUAAUAACAGCUGGGCGUCAGAGCAUUGAUGGGAAUCGGGACCAACAUUCAGAUUUUCCCAGAACCGUUCAAAAAUCGAUUCCAAGUUUUGAUGCCGGAGUCCGCUGACUGGGAGAAAAAGCCGCUAAACACCAACAAAGAGGAAGAAGACGAUAGAGAGAGAGAGAGAGAGAGAGAGAGAGAGAGAGUGUGUGUGUUUGUGUGUGUGCAAUGAACUGUCGUCUCAGUGAAACAUUUGCAUUACAGUAAUAUCGUGAAAAGGAGGGUGAAUGACCAUCAUGAUUAAACACCAAUAACCAAGAGCGCUGUCUUUGACACACUGUGCCGGUCUUCCUCAAACCAAUCAGAACCAGAGAAAUAAAUCAAAAACUGACAUCUGUCUUCUGCUAACAUUGAAGUGGUAAACAAAUCAUACUGUGUAUGGUGGGUCAAUUUAAAUCUCCAACUAACGUCGGCAUCAUGUCCUUUUUCAUAAACAACCUGACAACAAAGAUUAAUCUUUAUUUACCGGUUGAAAAUAAACCUUUUCAAUUUGUAAAUUUUAUUCAAAAAGAACUCUGGUUAGCGCUCUCAUUUUUAUCCUGCCGUUUAAAAGAAUCGAAAUAGGCAAUUGUUAGGAGCCUGAAUCGAAACGUGGAAUCGGAAUCGUUCAAAUUUCAAAAGAUGUUCAACCCUACUUAUAAUGUUUCUUAUCAUGAUGUGAUUGUAUCUUACCUCCAUGGAAAAAGACUUAGUCCUUCAUUUUUGUUAUAAUUAUGAUUAUGAUUAUGAUGAUGAUUAUUAUUAUUAUUACUUCUAAUAUCGUAAUUAUUAUUACAGUUUCAUUCUUUUUAUUCUUGUUAUUAGUAGUUAGACAGACGUAGAAAUAAAGGUCUCAUUAAAGAUAAACAUAAAAAUAAACCAGUUCACAUUCAGCAGAUGAAACACCAAUUAAAACAGACUGAUAAAUAUAAAAAAUCACUUUAUACCAGGUCUGUUCUGAUAAAUUAGGAGAUGCUUCCUUCACUGUCUUGGUCGUAACAUUCGAUUAGUUCUUGUGAUAGUUCUUGGAAAACUGUGCAAAUAAAAACAUGGAUAAAGUUUAUCCUGAUGCUUCGUUUCUGUCAGAUAGGAACCGGAAUCAAAACGUGCAAUCGGAGCAGAUGACACACUAAUUGAAACAGACUGAUAAAUAUAAAAAUCACUUUAUACCAGAUCUGUUCUGAUAAAUUAGGAGAUGCUUUCUUUUUCUAUAAAAAUAUUCCUGUGAUAAUUCUUAAUAAAAGUCCAGAGAACUAAAGGCAAGCUUUAUUGUCUUGGUCGUAACAUUCGAUUAGUUUUUGUGAUAGUUUCUAGAAAACAGUGCAAAUAAAAACAUGGAUAAAGUUUAUCCUGAUGCUUAGUUUCUGUCAGAUAAAUUUCAAUGUCAACCGUCUGAUGGUUUACACAUUAUUCUUUUUAUCCAAAGUUUGAAGUCCUGCUAUUCUGAGUACUGAAAGCUGUCAAACGUCAAAUGUGAUGAACUUCUGAGUUCAGUUUCUUUAAUUAUCUCCCGCUCUUCUUCACGUUUUCAGUGAUGUAUUAUCUGAACCUCCCACAGAUUUCAGAGGCUGUGCUGUAUCUCCAGAGUCGGUUAAAAUUGGGGAUGUGGCGAACAGCUGGCAGGAAUCAGUGCAGUACUGCAAAAACCAAGGCAUGGAGCUGGUGAGCUUCUUGGAUGCCAACCAUCAGUCACAGAUUUACGACAAAAUUGAGCAGGCCAAGGAAGCUAGCCUGCUGGAGGUGUGGAUUGGCAUGCGUAGCAGUUCCAGAAACCUUAGCUGGUACUGGCUGAACAAGCACCCGGUGAAUGAGACUGACUUGGCGGGACAUAAGCUGGGUGAUCCGGAGGAGGGUCAGUGUGUUAUCAUGAGUACAGAGAGAGAAAAGGACUUCAGCUGGAGCAACAGAGAGUGCUGCGAGAAGGCUUGUCCGGUCUGCUACAGGCCGCCGACCUUCUUCCCCAUAUAG